AGCAUUAUUCUCCAACUAGCCUCUCCUCUCACUAUAUAAGCUGCACCAUUGCCCUCACUCUUGUUGCAUACAAACACAAGCCAAGCCAAGCCGGUGAUCUAGCAACCGUACUAGUAGUAGUAGUACCAGUAGCCAUUGCAAUCCACCUUAGCUUUCUUUCUUGUUGAGAAGCCACAGCCCAGUCAAGCAUGGGUUCAUCGUGGACAUUCAAGCAGAACAAGGUAUUCGAGGACGCGCUGGCCAAGUACGACAAGGACACGCCAGACCGGUGGCAGAAGGUGGCGCGGGAGGUUGGCGACGGCAAGUCGGUGGAGGAUGUGAUGAGGCACUACGCGGAUCUGGAAAAAGACAUUCACGAUAUUCAUAAAAACAGUGCCGGCGGCAGCAGCAACAACACCAACGGCGGUUCCAGCCGCGGUGGGCAGAGGCCAAGGUACCUGAAGACGCAGUGAUCGCUGGGCGCAAGACUCGAGCACUGCUAGCCAAUCCUGCCUGCCUUUCCAGCCCGAAACCAGUACUAUCUACACUACUAGAUACACAUGACCGCAUGGCGAUCGUGAUCCGGUCAUGUAGCUGAAGUAGCCAUAGCUCUCCGAUGAUGAUGCAUGAUGGCACGACGACAAGAAUAAAGUCCGAGACAUAAUCAAGUCCCGCAUCGGAGCUGUAUCUUUCCGUAUAUUUUGUACGCACUGUCUUGCGUGUAUAUGACCCACCACGAGCCAUGUCCCCCAGCUAUGGGUGUAGCGCUGGUACCGCACCGCCGGAGGUAUCAGACGCGACGCGACGGGCGCCUGUGUGUUGGUGUGGUGCUCUGUCUCUCUGUCCAAUCUGUUACCUGAUAUAUAUAUUUGUCUAAAUGGAAA